AUGUUGCACCAAGGCUGUGUAGAGAAAGGGACUAGAAAAGAGGAGGUCAGCGCCGGGGCCGGGGAACCGCCCGCCACGCCCGCCGGGCUGGGUGCCGGAGGAGACCGCGUCUGCUUCAACUUGGGCCGCGAGCUCUAUUUCUACCCCGGCUGCUGCCGCCGCGGGAGCCAACGGUCCAUUGACCUCAACAAGCCAAUCGACAAGCGGAUCUAUAAGGGCACUCAGCCCACCUGCCAUGACUUCAACCAGUUCACUGCUGCCACGGAGACCAUCUCCCUGCUGGUGGGGUUCUCAGCCGGCCAGGUGCAGUACCUGGACCUCAUCAAGAAGGACACCAGCAAGCUAUUCAAUGAGGAGCGGCUGAUCGACAAGACCAAGGUGACCCACCUGAAGUGGCUGCCCGAGUCGGAGAGUCUGUUCCUGGCCUCCCACGCCAGCGGUCACCUGUACCUGUACAACGUCAGCCACCCCUGCGCCUCGGCCCCGCCCCAGUACAGCCUGCUGAAGCAGGGCGAGGGCUUCGCCGUCUAUGCCGCCAAGAGCAAGGCCCCUCGCAACCCGCUGGCCAAGUGGGCGGUGGGCGAGGGCCCCCUCAACGAGUUCGCCUUCUCACCCGACGGCAGGCACCUGGCCUGCGUCAGCCAGGACGGCUGCCUGCGCGUCUUCCACUUCGACUCCAUGCUCCUGCGGGGGCUCAUGAAGAGCUACUUUGGGGGCCUGCUGUGCGUGUGCUGGAGCCCAGAUGGCCGCUAUGUCGUCACCGGGGGCGAGGACGACCUGGUCACUGUGUGGUCCUUCACCGAGGGCCGUGUGGUGGCCCGCGGCCACGGCCACAAGUCCUGGGUCAAUGCCGUGGCCUUUGAUCCCUACACCACAAGGUCGGAGGAGGCGGCCACCGCAGGCGAUGGGGACCGGAGCGGCGAGGAGGAGGAGGAGCCUGACGCUGGGGGCCCCAGCCCGGCUGGGGGAGCCCCCUUGUCCCCGCUGCCCAAAGCCGGCCCCAUCACCUACCGCUUCGGCUCGGCCGGCCAGGACACCCAGUUCUGCCUGUGGGACCUCACCGAAGACGUGCUUUACCCCCACCCGCCCCUGGCCCGCACCCGCACCCUCCCCGGCGGCAGCGGCGGGGACAAGCCGAGCGGCCCCGCCCCACGCAGCCGGCUGGACCCGGCCAAGGUGCUGGGCACGGCGCUGUGCCCGCGCAUCCACGAGGUGCCGCUGCUCGAGCCCCUGGUGUGCAAGAAGAUCGCCCAGGAGCGGCUCACGGUCCUCCUCUUCCUGGAGGACUGCAUCAUCACCGCCUGCCAGGAGGGCCUCAUCUGCACCUGGGCCCGGCCGGGCAAGGCGUUCACAGACGAGGAGGCCGAGGCCCAGACAGGGGAAGGAAGUUGGCCCAGGUCACCCAGCAAGUCAGUGGUAGAGGGCCUCUCCUCCCAGCCCAGCAACUCCCCGAGCGGCACAGUGGUGUGAAGCCAUGGAUGUCGGGGUCCCCCUCUGUUCCCCGCCUCCUAGCCAUAAUCCUCCCGCUGACCUCGCGGAUCAACGUAUUAACAAGACUAACCAUGACGGAUGGACUGCUCCAGUCCCUUGCCCUGCACAAUUUUGGGGAUCACGGGGUCCCCCAGACUGGCCCAGCAUUUGGGGGGAUGUAGUGGCCCGUGUGGCCUCAGCCUUGUCCCCACCCACUGCCAAGUCCAAUGACCCCCUUCCUCUGAAAGUGUUCGCCUCAUCCCUGUACCCAGCAUGUGACUGGUCACUCCUGGGGGAGAUGCCCCCACCCAAGCUCUGCAAUGUGCCCCUCGGCCUUUGGGCAGGGCAGGGGUGGCCCACCCCUCCCCUGGCCCCCACGCUGCCCGUGCUGUCGUUUGUGCUUUUGAAGAGUGUUAAAUUAUGGAAGCCCCUCGGGGGCCCUCCCUGUCCCCCGGGACCUCUUAUUUAUACUAAAGUUCCCUGUUUUCA